AUGCGCAAAGCACAACGCAGGCAGGGCGCCAAGCGUGGACGUGCCAGGGCCGACCAGGGUGUUGCAAGAGUCGGUAGCAGCACGAGAAGGACGGACGAUCGGGGUGUCGACAACGAUGCGCAGGAUUACGUGGACUUGGGUUGGGAGAGGGAAGAAGCCAGAAAAGAGGCCGGAAGUCGACGAUAUGGCGAUAUGCAACAGGGCAAGAGGGCAAGAGGGCAAGAGGUCAAGAGGGGACAAGGCAGGUGCGGCGGACCUGACAAUGGAAAGAGCGGCACGACGGGGACAAACAAGGAAAGUGCAAUCGAUGCGCCGCUACAAAAUAUAGCUUCUCACCUCUACGUCGUAUCGAUUUCGUAG